UGAAACUUGGGUGCCGGAACAAAGUACUCGCAAACUGCCUCAUGAGACACUGUCUCAAUGUAGGUGGGAUAUACCUCUCAGAGCAGUCACAUUUUUUUCCCCUCCCUUCCUUUCUCCUCCAAGCAGGCAGGAAUUCUGACGCUUCAAGAGACUGGCUCUGCGUCCUUGGCUCGGCUCACCCUACAAUGUAGGCCUCGCUCCUCCAGCUCCGGACUAGAGUUUUAAAAUAAAAUGGAUGAUUGGACGUUACUUGAUCUUCUGGAGUGCCCAGUGUGCUUGGAAAAGCUCGAUGUCACAGCCAAAGUCCUUCCUUGCCAGCACACUUUCUGCAAGCCAUGUCUACAGAGGGUUUUCAAGGCCCACAAGGAGCUGCGGUGCCCCGAAUGCAGGACCCCGGUGUUUUGCAGCAUCGAGGCGCUGCCGGCCAACCUACUGCUCGUGCGACUUCUGGAUGGCGUGCGCUCAAGCCAGAGCUCCGGGACAGGGGGCUCCUUCCGCAGGCCCGGCACGCUGACCUUGCAAGACGGCAGGAAGAGCAGGACCGGCCCCCGAGGUCUGCAGGCCAGCCCUUUCCGGCUGAUGCCCAAUAUCAGAAUCCACAUGGAUGGGGUGCCUCGAGCAAAGGCCUUGCGCAACUACAGAGGGCAGAAUCCUGGUGACCUGAAGUUUAACAAGGGAGAUGUCAUCCUCCUCCGGAGACAGCUUGAUGAGAAUUGGUAUCAGGGAGAGGUCAACGGUGCCAGCGGGAUCUUCCCAGCCAGCUCCGUGGAGGUCAUCAAGCAGCUGCCUCCGCCACCCCCACUCUGCAGGGCGCUCUACAACUUUGACCUACGGGACAAAGACAAGAGUGAGAACCAGGAUUGCCUGACCUUCCUCAAGGAUGACAUCAUCACCGUGAUCAGCCGAGUAGACGAGAACUGGGCAGAAGGCAAGUUAGGAGAUAAAGUAGGCAUCUUCCCCAUCUUGUUUGUAGAGCCAAACCUCACCGCAAGACAUCUCCUGGAAAAGAACAAAGGCCGCCAGUCAUCCCGCACAAAAAACCUGUCCCUGGUGUCCUCCUCCUCCAGAGGCCACACGCCCACCCUUCGGAGGGGCCCAGGGUCCAGGAGGAAGGGGUCCGGGCAGUUUUCCAUCACCACAGCUUUGAACACACUCAACCGGAUGGUCCACUCUCCUUCGGGGCGUCACAUGGUGGAGAUCAGCACCCCAGUGCUUAUCAGCUCCAGCAACCCCUCUGUGAUCACCCAGCACUUGGAGAAGGCAGAUGUCCCUCCUGGCUCUGUGGGGCAGGUCAGCGCUCUCCACCCUGUACCUGCCUCCCCAGGACAUUCCACGGCCAUGGUCAGUGUGUCCGGCUCCCAGCAACACCUCCCAGCAAACAUGUUUGUGGCCCUACACUCCUACGCAGCACACAGACCAGAGGAGCUGGACCUGCAGAAGGGAGAAGGCAUCCGGGUGCUGGGGAAGGGCCAGGGCGGCUGGCUCCGAGGCGUCUCCUUGGUUACCGGGCGUGUUGGCAUCUUCCCAAACAGCUACGUGAUCCCCGUCUUCAGAAAGACCUCUAGUUUUCCAGAUUCCCGGAGCCCUGGUCUCUACGCCACAUGGACAUUGUCCACCUCCUCUGUGUCCUCCCAAGGCAGCCUUUCAGAAGGUGACCCCCGGCAGAGCCAGCCCUUCAAGUCCGUCUUCGUGCCCACCGCCAUAGUCAACUCUGUGAGGAGCACAGGUGGCCUGGGGACCUCAGGACAAGGGUCUCUCCGGAAAGGGCACAGCAGCAUGAGAAAGAAUGGAUCUCUGCAGAGACCCGUCCAUUCAGGGAUCCCCACCCUCGUGGUGGGCUCCCUCCAGCGCAGCCCCGCCAUGGUGGUCCGGCCUCAGCAGUUUCAGUUCUACCAGCCACAGGGGGUCCCCUCCUCCCCCUUGGCGGUGGCAGUGGAGCUGGGACCCAAGCCCGCCCCCACGGGGGAGCCCGCCCUCACGUACUCCAGCAGAGGCAGCAGGGCCCGGGCAUACUCUGCAGCCAGCUCCCUCAUCAUGGAGGGUGAGGACGUCCCCGCCAAGAGUGAGCCUCCGCCCAGACCACCUGCAUCUGCCCCACCAUCGAUACUGGUGAAACCCGAAAACUCAAGAAACGGCAUCGAAAAGCAGGUAAAGACCGUGAGAUUUCAGAAUUACAGCCCUCCUCCCAGCAAACAUUACACCUCCCACCCCGCCUCCGGAAAACCUGAACAGCCAGCCGCCCUCAAGGGGUCCCAGCCUGAAGCAGCCCCCUUGGGCCCAGAGAUGACCAUCUUAUUCGCCCACCGAAGCGGCUGCCACUCCGGGCAGCAGACAGACCUCCGGAGAAAGUCCACUCUUGGCAAGGCCACGACCCCAGCGUCCACUGCCUCAGCCACGCAGACAGUGUUUCCCAGCAAAUGAAUCUACAGGUGGCUUUUCCUAAACCCCAAAGAGGUGAAUUGCACUCAAAUACAGUCUGCCUCCACUGAGGGCAUCCUGCC